GUAACCUUUAUGAUUUGUGGCGCAUUAACUCCUCUUUUUAAACAUAGGCAUUCUGUAGAUGGCGCAUUUUUACCACGUGACUACUCAGCGUCCUACUUCUGUAGUAAAAACAUGUACAGGCCAUUUUACCAGUCCAAAUGAUCUCAACUUACUGAUAUGCAAAAACACCUACGUCGAGGUUUUUGAAGUUACAUGUGAGGGCCUGAAAUUGAUUCGAGAUGUGCCCAUCAAUGCUAAAAUCGUUGCUGCUAGUCUAUUUAGACGAAAAGAUCGUGAAACAGACUCCUUAUUUUUACUCACUCACAAGGCUGGUGUUGCUAUCAUUGAGUGUGUACGAAAUAAUGAUUCAGUUGAAUUUGUCACUGUUGCCUCUGGAAGUGUAGAAGAUAGAAGUGCACGAAUAAUCGAUCAGGGUUUUGACGUUUUGAUCGAUCCUGGUGCCAACUAUAUUGUCGUGCGAUUGUAUCAUGGUCUUCUAAAAAUCAUAUUACUUCAGUGUAUUGGGGAAAAAAUUGGCACCGAUUUUUUAGAUACAAACCAAUGGACUGUAAAUACGUACAGUGUGAGAAUCGAAGAGGGUAACAUUGUUGAUAUGGCCUUCAUAUAUGGCUAUAGUUUGCCAACAUUUGCUAUGAUUUAUGAGGAUGAACUUGUUUUACAUAUGAAAACAUAUGAAAUAUAUGGACGGGAGCCUGUACUUCGCAAUGUUCAACUGACCUUAGAUUCCAUAGAACCUGAUUCUAAACUUCUUAUUCCAGUUCCCAAACCUUAUGGAGGUGUUAUUUUAGUCGGUGACAAUAUUAUAUGCUAUCAUACUAAGGAUGGACCCCAUAUAUCUCAGUACAUUCCACAAGCAAAAGCCAGUCAAGUACUAUGUUACGCUGCAGUUGAUGCACAACGUUAUUUAUUAGGUGAUAUGGCUGGUCGUUUAUACAUGGUACAUUUAUUGUCUGAAGAUACAUCUGCAGCAAAUAGUGGUACAAGUAAUUCGGAUAGUCUUUCAGCAGUUCGUAUUGGAUCUAUUCGAAUUGAACUUCUUGGUGAAACUGCUACACCUGAAUCUAUAGCUUAUUUAGAUAAUGGCGUUGUAUUUAUUGGUUCAACGCUGGGUGAUUCACAAUUGAUACGGUUAAAUCCUGAUCCAGAUCCUGAACGUAAUAGUUAUAUUACUAUUUUAGAAACAUAUACAAAUAUUGGACCAAUAGUUGAUAUGGUUUUAUUAGAGACAAAAGGUCAAAAUCAAUUGAUCACUUGUUCUGGAGCUUAUAAAGAAGGAAGUUUACGUGUUAUACGCAAUGGAAUCGGGAUUCAUGAACAUGCUACAAUUGAUCAAGAUUUAAUUAAAGGCGCUUGGUGCUUUCCAAUUGAAUCUGAUCGUUACGAUGAUACAAUUGUCGUAUCGAUGGUUGGUCAAACUCAACUACUCCGCCUUGCCGAUGAUGAUAUUACAGCUCUACAUUUGGAAGGUUUUAAAACCGAUGAACAAACUGUGUAUUGUGCUACUCUAACUCCGAGCAAUGAUUCACCUACACCAGAAGAACAUUCAAUGAUGAUGAUGAUGGUUGAUGAUGAAACGAAUCAUCUCAAUAAUCAUAAUCAUAAUAAUCAUAGUCAUUGUAGUAAUUCAACGCCACCAAUGGAUUCCUUAUUAUUACAAGCAACAACUAGUGGUCUACGUUUAAUCGGUAUACAAUCCUUGUAUGGUAAAGGUUGUUUAACAGAAUGGAAAUCACCAACUGGACGUGGGAUAUCAUGUUUAAGUUCAUUUCGUCAUACUAUUGUUGUAGCUAGUGGAACUGAAUUAUAUGUAUUAAAAGUAGUUGGUACAGUGAAUCAACCGAAAUUUGAACAAGUUUCACAUAGACAAAUGGCUCAUGAAGUAGCUUGUGUUGAUCUAACUCCUUUUCAUCUUGGUCGUGCAAUUGCAGCCAUACAUGCGAAUUCAUCAAAUCAUUUAGUAGAUUCAACAGUAGUAGUAUCUUCUUCCAGUCAUGAUGACUCUGUGCUACCACAUUUAGUUGCAGUUGGUUUAUGGUUAGGACAUGGUCUUGCUUUAUUGAAAAUUCCUAAUUUAGAACUUGUUCAUGAAGAACCAUUACCUGAGACAACAGCAUCUACUGGUACAGCUUUAUUGCCUCGCUCGGUGCUGAUUGCUCAAUUAGAAGAGAUUGCUUAUUUGUUUGCUGCAAUGGGUGAUGGUACAUUGUAUUUUUAUACUAUUGAUCCUACUGAAAAUCGUGUUUGUUUACGUGAUCCUAAACGUGUUAGUGCAGGUACUGGACCUUCAAUGUUUCUUAGACAAUGGCGUUCACAGCGUAAAGUCAAUGUAUUUGUUUGUUCCAAUCAUCCUUGUGUAAUAUAUUCAAUAAAAAAUAAAUUAAUAUUUGCAAAUUUAAAUUUGAAAGAAGUGAAUUUUAUGACUCCUUUGAAUGGAUUAUUUUAUAAUGAUUGCAUUGCCCUAGUUACUCCAACAGCACUCAUCAUUGGAUCAGUAGAUGAAAUUCAAAAACUCCACGUAAGAACUUUACCUUUAGAAGAAACACCAAAACGUCUUGCAUUACAAUCGGAAACUGGUAGUUUAGGUGUGAUAACAUAUCGUCAAGAAAUGUUUCAAGAAGGUAUGGGAUUUAAACCUGUUCGUCCAUCAAUAUCUCUAUCACAGAAAAUUCCUAAGUCAGCUAGUCGACUUCCAAAAACUGCACCAUCUUCUGUCUCUGCUACUGAACGAAAAUUUCGUGAAAUUGAAGUUUCAUCUCUGCUCAUAUUUAAUCAAUCGAAUUUGGAAAUUCAAUUUGCGCAUAAUUUCUACUUUAGUCAAACUUUAGUUGAAGUGGCUGUCAGUAUUGCAUCUGUUCAAUCAGACAUACAUAAUGGAUCGUUGUUUGCUGUAGGCACUGCAUUUCUUGUAGAAGAUGAAGUGGAACCAUCGAAAGGCCGGAUUCAUUUGUUUCGUUGGGAUCCGGAAUCUUCUCGAUUAGAUACUAUCUUGGUACAUGAUGUGAAUGGUUCUGUUUAUCGUAUAGUAGAUUUUAAUGGUCGUCUCUUAGCUGCUAUCAAUAGUUCGGUACGAUUAUUUGAUAUAAAAGAAGAUUCAUUACGUUUGGCUUGUAGUUUCAAUGAAAAUAUCAUUGUACUAUUUCUUCGUCGUAAAGGUGAUUUUGUUCUAGUCGGUGAUUUAAUGCGUUCAUUGACAUUGUUAUUAUUUAAAUCAAAUGUUAAUAAUUUUGAAGCUAUUGGACGACAUCGUCAUCCUCGUUGGACAACAUGUAUUGAAAUUCUAGAUGAUGAACAUUUUCUUGCUGCAGAAGUUGAAAAUAAUCUGUUUGUAGUCUCUAGAGAUCUACCAGAAAACACAAAAGAACCAAGUUUUCGUGCAUUAUUAUCAUCAUCUGCAUCAACAACAAUAUCAAGCGAUCCAUGUGUUUUACCAUCAUUAUCAAGUCAUUUACAAGUGAAUAAUUCGUCUUCUUCAUCAUCGUCAAAGACCGCCAGUUCAUCCACUCAACCUGGUGUUGGUGGCGCCAGUGGCGGCGUCGGCGGCGGCUGCAGCAGCACUGCCACUACUACUACUACUACUACGAAUGAUAGUAAUGUUUCUUCUUCCUCCACUGGUCCUAGUUCGAAUACUACAACUGCCUCCAAUGCAGCAUCAGCAUCAUCGUCAUUAUUAUCAUCAACAUCAACAUCAUCAUCGGUAACAGAAAAUCGUACUGGUAGUAAUAGUGGUAGUGGUAGUACUAGUAAUACACAAUCAACAACUCGUCAUUUUCUUGAUUCACGUUUAACUAGUAAUAAACCUAACUCAAGUGGUGGUGUAUCCGGUGAAAUGCAACGUCUGGUUGAUUGUGCUUAUUUUCAUACAGGAGAUUUUAUCAAUGUAUUUGUACGUGGUAAUCUUGUACUUCAAAAUGCCGAAGAACGUUGGGCUGCUGUCGGUUAUCCUGGUCACCUUUAUGGUACUGUCAAUGGAGGUUUAGGUCUUCUUGUUCAAGUCUCUCCAGUUUUAUUUGCAUUUUUAAAAGAAAUUGAAUUUCGCUUAUCAAAUUUAGUUGUACCUGUUGGUGGAUUUCCACAUGAUACAUGGAGAGCUUUUAAAGCUGAUCGUGAAAUUAAAAUGGCACAUAAUUUUGUCGAUGGUGAUCUCAUUGAAACAGUUACCGAUUUAAAUAUGGAAGAUAAAGCUAAACUAGUCAAAGGUUUACGUAUACCGGUAAAUAUGAAUGAAUUUGGAACUGCUGGUUCAACGUGUACUGUUGAUCCAGAGACAAGAGAAUGUACUGUGGAAGAUUUAGUUAAAGUGAUCGAGGAAAUGUCACGUCUGCAUUAGUAGUAGCCAAUAUGUUGUAACCAAAACUAAAAAUCAUACUAACCAAUGGUUGAUAUUGAUGAUGAUGAUGCCAUUGUCACUAUUUACUCACAUUCAAUGUGUUUAUCUAAUUGAUGAUGAAUACUGUUAGAUUUCUUCUGUUUUUUUUUAAAAAAAGUCAUAUUUUCCAACCUAAUAAUUAUUGCAAACACUUGAUAAUUCUGUACAUGUUUCCCAUUUCUCUCUCUCUCUCUCUUCACCAAUACAAUUUCCCAAUUUCAUAUUAUAUAGCAUAACAUAACAGCAUACUGAUUAUUGAUAUGUCAGAAUAGAGUUUGCUGAGACACUCUGUCAAGACUUACCACCCCACCCCACCCCCUCUGGUCCUUCACCAUAUAAUGUGAGUGUUAGGAUAUCAUAUUUCUUUGUCGGUUGUAUUUCUUCUUGCUGAAAAAAAUAUCAAACUAUCUUGUGC